GAAAGAUGGCAUCAUUGCUUGCAAAACUGGUCACUGUCCACUGGAAGUGAUAGAAACACUGCAGUUUCAGACUUGGUGGUGAAAAAUAGAAACAUUUCGUAUAAAUAGAAAAAUGGUGUAGGCAACUGAGUACAUUGCGUACAUGUAGUAAGCACGCGUGACGGAAUUUAUGCAAGGGAGAGAUGGUGGUCGAGACAGAUGAAACCAAAAACAGCGAGACCAAGCCAUCCGGCACAGAAGCAGCCAAAGAGAAUGACUCGGAGAAACGUCCCCCAGAGUCUGAUGGGAAAUCUGAGUCUCCUCCAGGCCAGGCAGACGUCCAGCCUAAGGAGGAGUCAGACACCAAACCACAGUGUCCGAUCCCCGAGUUCAAGACUCCAAAGUCCCCCAGAUCUCCAGUGGACCGCCCCAGAAGGGGCAGCAAACCGAGGAAAUCGAUACAUAUGAUGUCAGUCUUUAAUGACAUCGAGGUCAUGCGCACGCCGUCGCCGAUGUCGCUAGCUGACACGUUUCCGAAGACACGACCAAGGCGCCGAUCGUCCCUCAGCCUGAUGCUGCAGCAGGACACCCCCAUUCUGCCUAUUGUCAGACAAGUGGAGCUGACGACAGGUGAAAAGUUGAUAAUCCAACCGGAUGGAGAGCGGCCUAAAGAAGUGCCAUUUUGGACCUCGUAUCGCUUCCGAUAUGCCAUUAUUUGGUUUUUCGGUUGUAUCUGUAUGAGUGCUCAACGAGGGGACCUCAGUAUCGCCAUUGUCAGCAUGGUCGACCACAAGUACUUCUACGAUCUGGAACACAAUCUGACACUCAAUGGCACUAUGGGAGUCUCGGAGAAGACAUGCGAGCUAGUGCAAGCGAAGCAGAUGAACGAGGGAGAGUUCAGAUGGAACAAGGAGUUCCAAGGCUUCCUGCUGGGAAGCUACUUCUGGGGCUUCUUGGUUCUUCAGGUUCCAGGGGGACGACUGGCGGAGAAAUUCGGGGCCAAACAUGUUGUUGGCAUCACAACAUUUCUGGUUGCCAUCAUCAGCAUACUGAGUCCCAUUAUGGCAAGAACUAGCAAACACUUGUUUCUGAUUAGUCGAAUAAUUACAGGUGUCUGUCAGGGAGUCAUGAUUCCUGCUGCACAAGCCUUCUGGGCGAGGUGGUCACCACUCAACGAGCGUAGUCGACUGAUUGGACUAACGAUUGCGGGUGUACCAAUUGGGAGCGCAGUUAUAUUUCCUGUUGGUGGACAACUUUGUGCCUAUGGAUUCGAUAAUGGAUGGGCAUCUGUGUUCUACGUCAUAGGUGGCAUUGCAUUCCUCUGGUGCAUAAUCUGGAAUGUGUUCAUAUACAAUUCGCCCUCCGAAUGCCCGCACAUCUCGGAAAUAGAACUAAAGUACAUAGAAGCGUCCUUAGGAACAAAGCCCAAGCACCGAGAGACGCCGUGGAGGGCGUUCCUCACGUCGAGAGCCCUGUGGGCCAUCAUCAUCGCUGCCUUGUGCGCAAACUUCACCUCCUUUAUGCUCGCCACGCAGCUACCUACGUACAUGAAGGACAUUCUCAAAUUCGACAUCGCAUCAAAUGGCACGUACUCAAUGCUGCCCUACCUGUGGUUAUGGUUCUUCACCCUCUUUUCCGUGAUGUGUGCUGAUCACCUGAUAUUUCAAAACAUCCUCAGUGUCGCCUCGACCCGGAAACUCAUGUCCGGCAUCGGUAAUGGAUUUAUCUUCCCCGGAUGUUUCCUUCUGGCUACAGGACGUCUGGACUGCACUCAACAGCUGGCGGCCACUAUGACGAUGUCGGCGUCCGUCGGCUUCUUAGGCUUCCAGCUGUCCGGGUUUAUGGUCAACACAGGUGACAUCGCACCACAGUACGCGGGGACGCUGUUCGGCAUCACCAACACGUUAUCUACAUGGCCGGGAAUAGUGGCUCCAAGCGUCGCGGGGAUUCUUACCCCCAAUGGUACUCGGGAGGAAUGGCAGAUUGUGUUUCACAUUGCGGCCGCUAUCAACUUUUUCGGGGCCGUUUUUUACGCAAUCAUGGCUUCGGGCGAGAUACAGGACUGGGCCAAACCGAAAGAAGAGGACGACAACGACGAUAUAUUCCGAAACCUGUUCGAGAUAAAGGAAGAAAGCUCAGAGGUGGAGCACAACUCAGACGAGGAGCAGUUAAAAGGGCAAAUAUAAAGACGAGGAGAAAAAGUGACGAAAAAUGGAAGAGGGGUGGACUGAGGGGUGGGUGGACUGUGGGGUGGGUGGAUAAGAAACUGGACCAAAAAAACAAACAAAAAAGGACCAGAAGGAUGAUGAAAAUGGGGGCGAGAACAAGGAGGAAAAUCAGAACAAGAAUGUAAAAAGUUGUAUAAUAAAUGGAACCAGUACUGUC